AUGCCCAAGAAACGCACCUUCAACUUCAAGCAACUACAAGGGUCGUCAUCAGGUGGCAAUCAUAGCCAAGAUGGCAGUCAGAAGACAGCCACUGUCAACGAGCGUCUAGCGGAGUCAAGGAAGAUAGUCGGAAGAGAUGCAGCGCAGAAGAAGCGAGAGCUUGCUGAGGCUGUCAGCCAAAGGCCGAGUGACUUGAUGCGAUUUGCUCAACUCACUGGAACUGGGCCUGGAGGCAGCGGUGAACGGCCAGGCGGUUUGAUGCACUUGGCUCUGAAAACGGCUGCCGAAUCGUGGGAAAUGUUCGAUGAGGAAGAUCUGCCUGCUUUGGUGGAACUUCCAUUACGACUACGAUUGCAGCUGAUGAGCUAUCUUGCAUUUUAUGGCCCCAACAUUGGGAUAUCAGUGUUCGAUGCUCUCACUGCAGGCAAUGAGCCCGUCACGUAUCUGGAUAUGGCCGGCCUGUUCGGGGAAGGAUCCUUGACGCUGCAUCGACUGGUCAAGUACUUGAAGGGAGCCUCAGCUGCAGCGGCCCAUCAUGAAGUCGAGCCUGCUGUGGCAGAGUCUUGGGAGCAAGACGAGGCAUUGGAAGCUGCUCUUUCGCCGGGCCUGCCUAUGUCACGCUUCUCACAGCUGACCCAUCUCUCGUUGUCACAUCCGCCUACCGGCACAUCGUGGCGAGACCUUCUCGCUUUGUCGAAACUUACACCAAAUCUGACGCACCUGUCAUUGGCAUAUUGGCCUCGACCUACCUUGGCCCCAAACCUGGCAACCACCACCGUCACCAGCCAGCACAGCCUGCCGAUCCGAGCUGGGGGCAGCCACUACUAUUUUGGUAUAGACGAGGACUACAGUGAGCCAGCAAGCAUACUGCGACAGCUGAGCGGCAACCUACUCCGUCUACAAUGGCUCGAUUUGGAAGGCUGUGCUGAGUGGCUUCCGGCACUGGCCUACCAGGAAUCAGACGAAGACCUCUCAAGGUCUCGUACCAAUUACUACAGCGACUUACCGCAGACGCAUUCCUCGGCCGUUGCGAGCAUCUUCGCCCACCAUUGGAAAGGCCUGAAAGUUCUGCGCUGUGGCCAAGGUUGGCUUCCCAAAGGAGCAGGUCUGCGAGCACUGCCCCGUCAGACCAUGAGUCAUACCCACCGCGAGCUUGUGGAUCGCUAUCUAGAAGAUCUUGAUCCUCUCGGCCUCUGGUGGAUUGACAACCAAGCCGCAGACAUCUACGACGUCGAGAAGCGUAGGGCCGAGAUCUGGGUGCAACGAGAAUCGCGUGCACACACGGCUGCCAGGACUAUCAAUGCUGUCCGCCGCGACAGGGCAUGUAGCUUUGUCCAUUUCGACUUUGGCUGGCCCAAGAGGCAUGAAGAUGGCCCUGGCGUCGCUGGUGGUGUAGCAUAG